AUGUCAGACAUUCAAUUCUACGACGAUAACAUCCAAACUGCACCAGUAUUCGGAGAUGAUCCCUAUGCCAAUGAGCUGCUUGCAGAUAACACUCCACUCAACUACGUAUCCAACGCAUGCUUACCACUCAACUACGUAUCCAACUCGGGCUUACCAUCGUCAUCGCUAUCGGGAUCACCAUUCUUUGACACUCAUCCCGCUGGUCCUGCUCUAGGUAAGCAAUUCCCAUUGUCGUACAUCCAUGAGAACCCAUUGUGGAAUGCUACUCUCUGGGAUGACAUGAGAUACUCUUCCGCACCAAGUCAAAUCACCGACCAAUUCCUCAGCACCACCACCACCACCGACAACAACUUGGCCAACGAUGUCAUCCCUGAUGCCUGUAUGUACCCAAGCGGUGAAGUAAUGUCACCAGUCGGAUCUGAAAACUCGACACCAGGCAACAUGUUCAUUGAGAACUCCACUCCAGAGUCAAGCUUCUACUCUGACACUGAGAGCAUCCUCUCUUCACCAGCUCAAGUCGUAUGUGGAUCACCAAUCUUAAGUCCAGUCUCCACACCAGCUUCGAUCAUUGUCAACCAAGAGCCAGAGCCAAUCAAGGAGAAGCUUGUCGUACCAAAGACCGAGGAGUUGGAUGGCAGAAAGUCAAGAAGACAAACUCCAAUGCUUCGUGUCAAGGAGAAGGUCCAAAAGGAAAAGUCAAAGGUCACCAAAAAGGCCCAAAAGGACAUCUUAAAGUUGGUCAGUCUCGACCAAAUCAACCCAUUGUCAGCAGUUCUCACCGAGGUGCCACAAUUCCUUGUACAAAACGGUUGUGGAACUUUCAAGUUUAGAGUCAGUGGCCGUGCCAAUCCAUCGCAAUUGAUUAUCGUUGCUCGUCCGACUGACUCUGCUGAUUACUCAUUGGAAGGAUUUGCUACAAACGUUCCAGCCAGUGGAUUGGUCGAUAUGAACAUCAAAUUUGUUCGUAUCAACAGUGAUUCCGUCACUGCUCAAAUAGCCUUUUACUUUAUGGAAAUCACUGAGAACGGUAUGACACCGGUCUACCAUCUGCUGACAAAUCAAAUCAGCUUCCUCACCAACACAAAAGACUUGCCAACACCAACCAUCACCAGUGUCGAAACCACCGGUAUUCAAAACAGACAUCUCUUACCAAUCGCCAACUUCACUGUCGCCAAGGUUACUGCCGACCGAAUGAAAUGGGGCACCACCAAUGAACUCACCUUCUUUAUCGUCGACGAAAACAAGCAGAUCAAGCAUAUCGUUCGUCAAGGAUUAAUUGCUCCACCAGAAAAGUCCAAGAAGAUCGCCUAUUUCCGUAUUCCAAACGAUUGUUUAAAUCAAAACUACAAGCUCCAUGUCAACUAUAUCGCUGUUGAGAAUCUAAAUAAGAAACAAUCCGCUUCUGAAAAGAAAGCCGUCAGUCACUCCAUCGUGCUUCCAAAAGAAGGUGCAUUCUGGACUUGUAACGACACUGGUUUUGCUUUCUAA